GUCAGAGCAGGAGAUGCACGGGGGGCGGGUUUAAUGUGAAAGGGGGCUGGCACAGAUCCGAGAUAACCAUUCAAAAGCAACAGAGGGAAAUUAACUUACUGUGUUCAUCACAUCAGCUCACAGAGAAGAAGCAUCAGCAGCCGACUAGCAGCAGCAGCACCUCUUGACCACUAAGCUACCAAAAUGGCCCCAAUCUCUAUCAGGACGGUGUUAAUCAGUGAAAGCGUGGACCCCCGCUGCAGGGCUAUUCUGGAGGAAAAUGGCAUCCGUGUGACGGAGAAACAGAGCAUGAAUAAGGAUGAACUGCUCGCUGAAAUACGGGUAAGGUUGGGACUCAGUAUUGCACAGUUUAUUGCGCCAGAAUCGAGCGUGUUUCGUGUCUUUUACGCAGCAGAAACUUCAGCCGUUGUGUUAGCAUCACUGUACAAACUCGUGGGUUUUUUUGCCCUCGGACAUGCAUUGAGGGAAAAAAGGCACCUGAUAUUUUUCUUUGGAGGUUAAAUAAAGGGUGAAUAUUUGAUUUUAAAUACUGUUGCACAAUCUUCCUCACAGGGCCGGACACGUUUUGCCGGUGUAAGGUGACAGAAUUGAUUGUAAGUGUUAGUACCGCCCCUUUGUGAAGCUGAUGCAACUCAUCCCAGACUUUACCGAUUCUCCCAUCACUCUGUCUGAGGACCACAUACUGCAGGCCUUAUGCAGUCUAAUGCAGUAGAUGUGGGUGAAACAGAGAACUAAAUUUCCCUCUGUGAAUGCUUGAUUUUUCUGAUGAGAAUUAUCAGAUUUGUUACACAAAAAUUAAAUUUGCUGUUGUUUCAGGUCUUAACUCUCUCACUGUGAAGGAAAGUAGCAAUGAAAGCACAUUUUAAACCAAUUGCCCUUCUCAAAGCACUGUAGUAUGAGAUUUCUGUGACCUUCAGUUAAAAAGAAAAACUAUAUUUACCUUAAAUAGCAAUUACCACUACAUUAAGCCCUUUUAAUUGGGAGGAUAGACCAUGAAAAACAAGGCUUAACAUUGCCUACUUGCAUUUUUUUGUCCUCAGCAGGUUUUCAUUGUUUACAGGCUCAUUGAGGGGGGGAUGAAUGAGUACAGCAGUUCAAUUUCUUGCUGUCAGCACUCUCAUUGUCUGAUGCCACAUAAUCUGACCCACUGACACAAUCCGUCUCCUCUCACAAACAACAAAGUAUCACACCUGAGGUUGGAUCACUCAGCCCCAAACAAGAUAAUGAAUCAUAAAACAGCACCACUUUGGUUCUGAUUUGACCCAUGUUAGUGAUGCGCUUUCUUAAGAGAAAUAAAAAGACAUAUAUAGAUAAAACACUAUCUAAUCAGUGUAUAUGAGAGGUUAUUUAUCCAUUAGAUAGUUUCUAUUACUGCAGUUAGUGGGGAUAUUAACCUUAUAUAAAAAACAACAACCUAAGAUAACCAUUAAAACUGCAGCUGGAUCUCAUUUAUGCUACAUACAAGAUGUCAGAUAAUAAAGAGCAUUAUUUUAUCCAUAGUAAUGAUCAAAUAUGGCGUCUGUGUCUGUGCUACCUCUCUCUCAUUUAUUUGGUUAUCUGCCAAAACAAACACCAGCUAAACACACCUCAGUUCACUUCCCUUCACUUACCAACAUGAGAGAAAAUCAACACAUCAGCACACACCCUUGUUACCGCGGUUACUAAAUGAGCUCAUACAGACAACUAAUCACUUGUCACUUAUGACACAGGCCUUCAGGAUUAAUCUGUUGGUUUGAAAUGACCAUCGAACUACACCAAAGUCUGUCUUAAAAAGGACCUCCUAUUUGAGCGGUUAUGGGGAAGGGUGGGUGUGGUGGCAACUGCAUUCUUCAGUAACAUGAAUGGACACAAACUUAACUGUGCAUUGUGUACUCCAUAGCUAAAAAUAUUUUAGGAAAUGAUCCAAAAAUAUGGCAAAACGCUCCCUCAGAAGCCAGGGCAGUCAGACCAGGGGGAAAAUCAUGAAUUAAAUGAUCACAACAUGCCAAAUUAUACUUGUUGUUUUGCUAAAAUUGUCCCAAAACUGCAUUAAACAAGGUGCCAUAAAGAAUACUCUGGCUUUAAGUACAGCUAACCACUAUCUUUCUUACCAUCCUAGAACUACGAUGGCCUUGUUGUAAGAUCUGCAACUAAGGUUACAGCUGAUGUCAUCCAUGCUGCUGAUAAUCUCAAGAUUAUUGGAAGAGCAGGGACCGGUGUGGACAAUGUGGACGUGGAUGCGGCUACGAAAAAGGGCAUUAUUGUCAUGAAGUAAGUCUCUGAUCAUCACAGGAAGUUUGGUUUCACCAGAUAUCAAGCUGUUUCUUAACUGUGGGUUGUUUCCCCAGCACACCUAGCGGCAACACAAUCAGUGCAGCAGAGCUGACAUGUACCCUGCUGAUGAGCCUGUCAAGGCAAGAUGAGUCAUGUUUUUUAUGGACAGUAUGCUCAGUUCUUUGUUUUUUACUGAUGUGCUGCUGAAGUGCCACUUUAACAAUGGCAUUCGUGUUUUUCAGACAUGUGCCUCAAGCUGCAAUGUCGAUGAAACAAGGCAACUGGGAUCGCAAAAAGGUCAGCCGAGAUUUUAUUUUGCUGCUGUGUGCUGUUUGACUGUCUGUGCGCACAAAGCAAUUACUGUCGCGUGAUUGGCUCCAUUGUCCAGCUCUUUGUUGCUGAUCAGAUGGGACACUUCACAGCUUUUGUGCAGGGUUUUAUCUGUGUUUUUGUUUCUAAUUUUACAGUUCAUGGGUGCAGAGCUGUAUGGAAAGGUGCUUGGAAUAGUUGGGCUUGGAAGAAUUGGAAAGGAGGUUGCUUCAAGAAUGCAGUCAUUUGGCAUGAGGGUAAGUAAUUAGACUAUAUGAUAGAAGUGUGCACCCACACAUCCAAGUGGUUCAUUGCGUCUGUUAUAUUUGGAUCAAACUGAUGUUCCCUCUUUUCUCAGACCAUCGGCUAUGAUCCAAUCACUCCUACUGAGGUGUCGGCCAGCUGGGGGGUGGAGCAGAUGUCUCUGGAGCAGCUGUGGCCUCUGUGUGACUACAUCACUGUCCACACGCCCCUGAUGCCCUCAACUGUGGGUGAGUUCAGUACAGGUUCUCCUCACUGUACAGAUAACUGGAUUUAUGCCGACAAAUGUUGGAAUAAAGUGAAUCUUUUCUCUGAUUUUCAUCCCAGGUUUGCUGAAUGAUGAAACAUUUGCUAAAUGCAAGAGAGGGGUGAAGGUUGUAAACUGUGCUCGGGGAGGUAUCAUCGAUGAGACAGCUCUCCUAAGAGCUCUGCAGACCGGACAGUGUGGAGGAGCCGGGCUGGACGUCUUUGUUGAGGCAAGAAUACUCAACCAAGUCCUCAAGUCGUCAUUGUUUUUGCACAAUCAUUGCAUCUUAUACAAGACAGUUGCUCUACCUUCCUCAUUCAACCAUUGACCACAUAGAUUUGAUAUUUUUUUACAUUUACAUUUAAAUACAUGAGAUUAUAGCCAGGUGGCUCAUUUCCAUUCCCUGUCCCAUAGACACAUUACGCUUGUGUUUCCUUCAGUGCCCUCCUUCUUUGGUAACAGUGCUAAAGUUUUAUGUCCCUCAUCGUGGUCUGAGUUUCAGGACUGCCUCAAAGCAGAUUAUAUUUUAGCAUGAAAGAUUUCAAAAAGGGCUAAGGAUUAUUUGACCCAUGAAUAUACAUUUCAUUUUUAAUACAUAAAAAAAAAAAAAAUAUAUAUAUAUAUAUAUAUAUAUAUAUAUAUAUUAUAUGAAUCUUCAGUUUUAUAUACUAGUAAAGAGGGUCAGGAAAACAACAACUGUCUCAAGAAAAGACAUUAAAAAAACCCUCCUUUUGUAGAGCAUAAAAAUACAAUAAGAGACAUCAAGCACCAGCAGUUCAAUAAAAGAUAAACUGUGGAGGUGUGUUUUUACCAAAGCACAUAGACAAAUAGAGCAUCACUUUGUUUGGAUUUGUCAAAAUAGAAGAGUUCACAGAGUACAGAGAGGCACUGUAUCAAACUCUUUCCAUUGGAAAUAUGUUUGUCAUUUCUAGUAACCAUGUUUUAAAUAUUAGAUUAUGUCUGAUCAUAGACAGACAACAAGAUCAAAAGAUGGCACAUCCUCAUCUUUACAGAAAGUUAAAUGUUCUUCUUUGUAGCAACAAUGCCAUGAUAUAUUAUUUAAGGUUGCAAGCAGAGUUAUUUGGUACAAUAUCACAGUCAUACAUUUUAGAGAAGCACGUGAAUUCGCAAAGUUAGUUUAGUUUGGGACAGGACUGAAAUAAGUGGCCAAGGGUGCCCUCUGCUGACUUUCACUCCAGUCCAGACAGAUUUGGGAAAUGGGCAACAAACGAAUGUGAUCUGAUGCAGGAACAGUGAGGCCUAUGAAGUACUUUAAACUGAAUUAGAUGAACAUGUGGAUUUUGUUAAGUGUAGGUUUCUACAUUUAUUCAGGAAGUUUGAUGGGGCCAGCUGUGGUACAUAGUGUUACAUAUUUCUGACAACCUAGCCUCUAAUCUGAAGAUAAAAGAAAAAGUGUGUGUCUGGGUGUUUGUCCCUUUCCUUCAACUAAGUGACAGUGGAAACUGUUAUUAAAUCUAAGGUCUGCUGUAGAAAUAAUACUACCUUUGUUUUUCCAAAGGAGGAGAGGAGGUAUGAUUAUAGCAAAGAGGAGUACAGUCAGAAAUUUCAGGAAAAUAAAACCACUUUAAGUUCAAGAACUUACAUAGAUCCUGUUCUAUUAAGAGCAAAGAAAGGGUUGUUGUUCAUUCCUUAAUGUGAGUUUAUACCCUGCUGCAAAGGCACAUAUGUAGAGGAGUUAGUCUUUCUAUGGGUACAGUCCUGGUGAAAGAACAAAAGAGGUUUAACAAAAAAAACCGACAGUAACUUUUGACAAUAAUUAUUUUGCAAACAAAAGCUGUCACUUAUAUUUUUCUAUGUGCACAUGUUUGGCAUUAGGAGCCUCCUAAGGACCGCUCUCUGGUCGAGCAUCCUAAUGUCAUCAGCUGCCCUCACCUGGGAGCCAGCACCAAGGAGGCUCAGGCUCGAUGUGGGGAGGACAUCGCUCUACAGAUUGUAGACAUGGUGAACGGCAAGAAGCUGGUUGGGGCUGUAAGUUCAACUCUGUUGUCUACUUUUUCUUACUUGAAAACUGCUCACCAGGCUUUUAGGUUUACUGCUUUAAGACAACUUUAAGCCAUGGAAAUCUGUUUUACCGUAACAGAUGAUGAAGAAGAGCACUUAAACUAAAGUCAUAGAGACUGAAUACUUUCAAACUCCAUGAUCACGUUCGGUUCAUAGACUCACUCUGUUUCCAUGUUUUCUCCUCUCUGUUAGGUGAAUGCUCAGGUUUUGGCCAGCGCAUUUUCCCCAGAAUCUCACCAGCUGAUUAAACUUGGUGAGGCUGUGGGAGCCGUGUUGAAGUCGUGCACUUCUACCGAGAAACCGUUCAGUCAUGUCCAAAUCACAACUCAAGGUAAAGCCACUGGUCUAACCUGUUUUUUCUUCCCGGUAAAGUGAGGAAGAGAGCUGUAGCGCUCUUUCCCCCUCUGCUGGUGAAAUUGUGAACCAACCACUCUGGUUGAGUAAGAGAGCCAGUAGUAGUAGGUUUAAUGUUGUAAGUUUAUGACAGUGCACAUUUUACUGUGAUUUUUUUAAUCAAUUUUUUGCCUUGUUAAUAGUGUCCGUAUACAAUUUUCUUCAAUCCAGGUGAUUGCAUGAAGUCCUCCACUGGUUACAUGACUAACUCAGUCCUUGUUGGACUCCUGAAUCGCAAGUCAGGCUGCUGCCCAAAUCUCAUCAACGUGCUGAGCCUCGCCAAGGACUCUGGAAUCACGGUACAGCGUUGGCUCAUUCUGGCAAAACUCUGCAUGUAGACACCCAGCUUGUUUCAAUAACCUUACCACAAUUGCAUAUAUUGAAUUUCCAGGUAAACCAGGGCCACUGUGGAUCAGACGAUGCCACCAGUGGUGUGUGCAAGGUGGAGAUCAUGUCGAAUGGCUGCAGCCAUAAAGCCACUGGUUCAGUUCAAGGUGGUGCACCAGUGCUGCUGGAGCUGGGAGGCAGCAUGUUCAGACAGCCUGUGUCUCUUACUGGAAACCUGCUUUUCUUUAAGGCCUCUGCAAAUCCUCAGCUCCUGUCCUCAGUGGCUGGUGAGAAACUUGAAGAUGAUUUAAGAUUCAAGAUAUAAAUGAAUGUUUUAUUUUAUAUACAUGUAAAAUAGUUUGAAGCAGCUUGGUUUUAUUUAAAAAGGGUGAAUGAAUGAUUUUAAAGAAGUUAAAAUAUUAUGGAGUAGCUAAUGAUACAAUUGAAGAAGCUUUUGUAAAAUAACUAAGUACAAGCUCUUGUUCUCAAGACUCUCAUAACAGCUGUUAAUCAGAGUAAAUGUCAAGCCUGAAGAAAAGCUGGUGAAAAAGUUACUCAGUCCACAAAUAGAAACUAGAACGCUUCUGAUGACCCAAAAUCUGCCCACAGAGUCUGUCCUUAUAUGUAGAACAAUCGGUCAAAAGCCAAUUCAGGUCCUAACCACAAUCCCAGUAGCCCGUUGAUUGUUGAAUUUAUUUCAGCCUUUCACCUGUGAGGAGUUUUUUGAUUUUAGUACAAUACACUGAAAGUCAUAUUAAUUCCCUUUAUGAUACACAAAAGCAAAUCAGAUCAGUGACGAGAUUAACUAACUAGUACACUGCACUUUUGAUGCCUGAUAAUUUUUUUUUUUUUUGGGGGGGGGUGUCAUCAGAGCAGCUAAAGAAACAAUCUUCUUUUAUAUUUUAUUCAUUAAAAUCACAAUAAAAGAUACACUUGACUGUUGAAAGUCAGCAGGAAGACCUCUCCUAAAAUUGUAGAGGACAAGACAUGGAACAACUGUUUUGCUUUGCCCACAGGGGGGCACCAACAUAGGUGCAAAUUGAAAGUUCUUCACAAGAGCUUUUAAGUGUAAAAUUUAAACUCCCUUACAUUUUUUCACAUUAUUAUGUUAUUUUUGAGUCAACUCUUCAAAGGUAUAGUAUGUCUGCAGUGAAGCAGUGGAACAAAAAGACACUACAGCUGACUUUAAAGCAGCUAAAGGUGAUAAUUAUGGUAAAGGUGGUAAGGCACUCGCUCUUUGCUGGUUUUUUAAUUCUUGUUUGUAUGAAGGCUGGUGUUGAUUUAUGACCUCCAUGGAAUUAGAAGCAUUGGUUUUACAGUCACACCUUUUUUUCUGCCUCUGCUUGUUCUUUGUUUAGCAUCUCUGGCUUCAGAGGGGGUGGAGAUUGAGUCCUUCAGUGCUCCUGCAGACCGUACUGGGGAUCUGUGGUACUGUGUGGGGGUCUCCUCCCUCCUGCGUGACCUUGGUGCCUUGAAGUCCCUGGUGAAGGAGGUAGCCCAGGUCACCAUCUAGAUGAGAGCUAUCAAAAGAAAAUCUCCACAUUCUCAAGAGUGUCUAACAUUAAUGACCCAUCUUGGUCCUUGCGUUUACAACUAACAACUUAUUUAGAAGUUGAACUUUUGAUAACAUUCCAGUGUUUAGGUGGUUUACAUGCACUUUGUUUGAGUUGCUCUAAACGAAAUGUUUGUUGUGUUCGGUUUGCUUUUUGACUUUUUAAGCAGAGAUGUAAAAAAUAAAUAAAGCACACUUAAUGACACUACUGUGAGGGUUUUUUUUUUUUCCAAGUCAGCUGUUUCCUCUCUUGGUCUACUUUCUGCCUCUAUAAGUUAAUGAUGUAUUUCACCAAGUUGUUGGUCUAUAAAGCAAACCUGUUGAGUUUAAAUAUAAUUGAAUACAACUGCUCAAUAUAAUAGCCUAAAAAUAUACUUUUAAAUGAUUACAACAUAAGUUUUUGUUUCACAGAGGGUUAUUUUCAACAUUGAUCAACUGAUUUCUUUUUUGUGUUGUACUCUGAACAGCAGUGGUGAAUUUAGAGGUGUCCAUGUCUCCCAAAGUCUGGCACCCCAAUGGCAACCAAUUUUUUUUUUUCCUAUCAUUAGAAACUUGACUUGCAGGAGGCAGAAUUUGUGUUGAAAUCAACUUUGGGAUGUGUUGCAAGAGGGUUUUCAUAGAUUUACAAGCAGUUCAACGUGGCACAUUCACUUCUGUUGGUAUUAAAAUCCUCCUUUUGGUUUUUUUAAGUUCUUGAAGUCAUAAGCUGAGCAGGUGUAAGUGUUGCCACAUUGUUGUGUUAUAAAUAUACACUUGGCUAAUGAUUGUGAUUUGGUGCUAUAUAAAUAAAGAUUCAUUGAAUAAAAUUUUAAACACU